AUGCCUCGAAGUCAGAAGACUAAGCUCCGUACCCGUAAGAAAGGUUCCCAAGCCCAAGGUGAGACCCAGGGCCCCUGGGGUGCUCAGGCCACUGAAACCAAGAAGAAAAUAUUCUCCUCCUUACCCUUUUCUCAUUUGGGGGCUGUUACCCAGAGAAAAUCUGUGGCUAGGUCACACUGCACUCUCAAGAGCUCUCAGGACCUAUCCACCUCUUUUUCUACAGGUGUUGGUCGCACCAGAUCACGCAAAGGAGCCAACAGCAAAAAUGAGAGAAAGCAAAGACCCUCUGAAGCUACGGCCUCUGCUAUGAAGACUCAAAAAGAUCCCCUAAGAAGGAUGACAAGCAUGCUGGUGCAGUUCCUGAUGCAGAUGUACAAAAUGAAAAGGUCUGUUACGAAAGCAGAGAUGAUGAAGAUUUUCAAGAAAAAGCAAGAGUGUCACUUCCCCGAGAUCCUGAAAAGGGCUUCUUUCAGUAUAGAGAUAGUAUUUGGUGUUGAUUUAAAGGAAAUUGAUUCUGUCAAGGACUCCUAUGUCCUUGUUAGCAAAAUGGACCUCCCUAACAAUGGGACGGUCAGCCGUGGUAAGGGGUUUCCCAAAACUGGCCUUCUAAUGAAUCUCCUGGGCCUGAUCUUUAUGAAGGGCAACCGUGCCUCUGAGGAGGACAUUUGGGAAUUCCUAAAUAAGAUGAGGGUAUUUGCUGGGCAAAAACACUUCAUAUUUGGGGAGCCAAAGAAGCUUAUCACCCAAGAUCUGGUGAAGCUUAAAUACCUAGAGUACCGGCAGAUCCCUAACAGUGAUCCAGCACGCUAUGAAUUCCUCUGGGGACCCAGAGCGCAAGCAGAAACCAGUAAAAUGAGAGUCUUAGAGUUUUGGGCCAAGGUCAAUCGCACAGAACCCAGAAAUUUCCAUCCCUGGUACCAAGAGGCUUUAAAAGACGAGGAAGAGAGAAUCCAAACCGCAGUUAAAUCUGCAGUGAUAGCCGAAGUGCCAGAGUCAGUGAAUCUUGCCGAGCCAUACCCAGAAUGUCCCACACUUAGUGAAGCUGAGUUUCGCUUAAUGGUCGAAGAGGACAGCCAGUAUUCCCAGUAA